AAAGCAAGACGGAAGUGACAUCAGACGGAACGCAGAGUCGCGGUUGCCACACUAGUGUGUUGUCUCCCGUUUAUUUUUAUUGCAGAAAUGCCGGAGUUAGCGGUGGAAAACGUGGUCGUUCAUCCCCUGGUGUUACUCAGCGUCGUUGACCACUUUAACAGGAUAGGAAAAGUCGGUAAUCAAAAACGAGUGGUCGGUGUUUUGUUGGGAUCGUGGCAUAAGAAAGUUCUCGAUGUUUCGAACAGUUUCGCAGUGCCAUUUGAUGAGGAUGACAGAGAUGAUUCAGUGUGGUUCCUGGACCAUGACUACUUGGAGAACAUGUAUGGCAUGUUCAAAAAAGUAAAUGCCAGGGAAAGGAUAGUAGGAUGGUACCACACAGGACCCAAGCUACACAAGAAUGACAUUGCCAUCAAUGAGCUCAUCAAGCAGUACUGUACCAAUUCAGUCUUAGUAAUUAUAGAUGUGAAGCCUAAAGAUCUCGGUCUACCCACAGAGGCUUACAUUUCUGUGGAGGAAAUACAUGAUGAUGGCACUCCAACGUCCAAGACAUUUGAACAUGUCACCAGCGAGAUAGGAGCUGAAGAAGCUGAGGAAGUGGGUGUGGAACACCUGCUAAGGGAUAUCAAAGAUACAACAGUUGGUACGUUGUCUCAGCGCAUCACAAACCAGGUUCACGGCCUUAAAGGACUCAACUCAAAGCUGCUGGAUAUUCGCUCGUACCUCGAACGAGUAGCAGCAGGGAAACUUCCAAUCAACCACCAGAUCAUUUACCAGCUGCAGGACGUCUUCAACCUCUUGCCAGAUGUAAAUUUGCUGGAGUUUACAAAAGCCUUUUACCUGAAGACCAAUGACCAGAUGUUAGUGGUCUACCUGGCCUCCCUCAUUCGCUCUGUGGUUGCCCUGCACAAUCUGAUCAACAACAAGAUCUCAAACCGAGACGCGGAGAAAAAAGAGGGGCAAGAAAAAGAGGACGGCAAGAAAGAGAAAAAGGACGACAAAGAGAAAAAGGAUGAGAAGGACAAAGACAAAGAGAAGGAGUCAGGAGAUAGUGCCAAGAAAGACGAGAAGAAGAAGAAAUAAGUCUCUCCCCUGAGGUCGUCUCCAUUCAUGCUAUUUCGUCAGGCCGGUGUUCUACUUUGUGCCAUCGACCACGGUUGUCAAUCUAGGUCUCCGGCUAAAAGUAGUCCCUCCGAUGAUUAAUGGUCAUUGGAGAUUUGGCCACAGGUGGCACUGAAAAAGACUGUUAAUAUCAAACAGAUGUUGAUGCUUCUCUCUUUGGCUUUUUCAAUUAUGAAAACAUGUUCAUUUUGUUUUUGUAGUUUUGCUGGCAUUUCUUUUCUGUAAGAUGGAGAUACGUUUGUUUCUAUAUUAUUCAUUAAAUUGAUACAAUAUUA